UUGUACACCAAUCCUUCACGGUCACGGAAAUAAUACCGCUCACUGUCGGCGUCAUAACCAAUUCGCUUUAUGCCUUCUGGAAGCCUGUAAUCAUCCUAAAAAAUACUGGGUUAGCUUGUCGAGGACAAAGUCGAAAGUAAGGUAGUACUUCGUCAUACUGCGUCCAGCGCCCCAUAGUGUUCGUGGCACGCAAAAGGCCAACCAGUGGAUAAGUUCUGUUUUCACAAAACAAAGAACCCUUCACAAUUAGGAUUGAAAUGGAGACUGAAGCUGAAGAUGUUUCAGCGCCUUCACAAGCAAUAUAAUGCCGCGGAGAAAGCCGAAUAACCGUCACUGCCACUGUAUGGCGUGGCUAGCGCCCGCUAGGGGGUGUGGAGCUCUAACUCAGCACUACGCAAAAGUUGGCCAAGACGGUAUUUCCAAUGUACUCAGAACUCAUAUUCAAAGUUGCCUUACGUGGUGAGACAUUGCUCACUUCACCUCGUUGGAACAAAGGGACAGCCUUCACAAAAGAGGAGCGUAAUGAUUUUGGUCUAACGGGGAGACUCCCUUCUCGCAUCAACACCAUCGAAGAACAAUGCGAUAGAGCCUAUGAUCAGCUGCAUUCUCGUGACACUCCAAUACAAAGGAACUCAUUCUUGCAGAGCCUCAAAGAACAAAACUGGGUCCUUUACUAUUCCUUGCUAUCCAGGCAUCUCAAGGAGUUGACUUCUAUUAUAUACACGCCUACCGAAGCAGAAGCGAUUGAAAACUACUCUCAUCUUUUUCGUCGCAGCGAGGGGUUAUUUCUCACAUUCCCAGACCAAGACUCCAUGGAGGAAGAUUUCCUGGAACAAACCCGCGGCAAAGAUAUCGAGUUGAUAGUCUGCACGGAUGCAGAGGCCAUCCUAGGCAUCGGCGACCAAGGCGUUGGAAUAUCAUCUGCCAAAUCUGCGAUAUAUACGUUAUUGGGUGGGAUUAACCCGGCGAAAGCGUUCAGUGUGACCCUUGAUGUCGGCACUGACAAUGAAAGGCUCUUGAGCGAUCAGCUUUAUGUUGGAUGGCCUUCGAGAAGGGUCCGGGGUGAUGAGUACGAUAAAUUCAUCGACAAGUUUGUCCAGUUGAUCCGCAAACAUCAUCCACACUGCCUGCUGCACUUCGAAGACUUUGGAGUUACCAAUGCUCAGCGACUUCUUGAGCUGUACCGGAAUGAACAUUCUGUUUUCAAUGACGAUAUCCAAGGAACUGGCGCGGUUACACUGGCCGCCUUGAUGGCUGCCAUUGGGGUGACCAAGUCGAAGCUGGCGGAUCAACGCUAUGUCAUCUUCGGAGCGGGUUCUGCGGGCCUUGGUAUUGCAAAACAGACUGGCGUGUCUCGUGAGGAAGCCAACAAGAAGUUCUACCUUGUUGAUCGAUUUGGUCUCAUCAAGCAGUCUCUUGGCCCUAACAAGAUACGUCCUGCACUACAAGAGUUUGUGCGACCUGAUCAAGAGUGGAGCGAUAUUCCGACUAAUGACGCAGGAGAGGUUGAGCUUCUGGAGGUCGUCAGGAAAGUACGGCCGACAGUUUUAAUAGGAUGUUCGACGAAAGGUGGCGCUUUCACCGAGCGCGUCGUGAGGGCGAUGAAGGAAGGUUGCAAGAGACCUAUCAUUUUCCCCCUCAGCAACCCUAGCAACCUGGUGGAAGUUGAUCCGAAGGACGCGAAUGAUUGGACAGAAGGGAUGGCCCUGCUCGCCACGGGCAGCCCGUUCCCACCAGCUAAGAUGCCGAACGGCAAAGAUUAUGUCAUCGCUGAAUGCAACAAUGCUCUUAUCUAUCCUGGACUUGGAUUUGGUUCCAUGCUGUCGCAAUCCAGGCAAAUGACCGACGGAAUGAUAAUUGCAGGCGCACAACGUCUUGCUGCUCUCUCUCCUGCACUCAAAGAUCCAGACAGCGGCUUGUUACCCGACUUUCAAGAUGCUCCGGCAGCCAAUCUCGAGGUUGCAAUAGCAGUAGCACAACAGGCUUUUGAUGAAGGCAUCCAGGGAGUUAGCUGGGGCAGAGAAGAGGUGAGAACCAAGGCAGAAGACAAGCAGUGGAAGCCAGCGUAUGGCAGGUAUGAGUAUGAUGAGCAGGGUGCGAAGUAGCCAUGGUCUGUUUCGCAACUUCGAGAAGCAAAAUGUCUAAUUGAAAUUCCGCUGCAAAGAAGAAAUUCAGCACCUUGGAUCUGAGAUACCUGCGUGGCCCACCGCGAUAUUGUUAUGUAAUUCUUCAUCGAUAUCAAGCCAGCAGGUCUGAUUCUGCUCGAGGUUCGUAGAAGUACCUCCAAAAUUUGUCACGGUUUCGCGUCUGUCACAAAUGUGACUAGACGCGUCUUGGUCCAAGAUCAAGCUCGAUAUUUUUUCCCUCACCAAGAUGUCCUUUUCUAAUCUUUUUGGGUCGUUCGCUAUGGACAGUGACGAGAAGAAAUCAGAGCACGUCACGAAGAAGAUCAAAAUUACCGCCAAUAAUGGAUGGGAGCACGUCUUUGCAAGAGGUGGAAUUAAAACGCGCUUUACAAAAACUACCACCGCAGAUGCGACAGAAUUCCUGAAGAACUAUCGUCCCCGAGCACAAAAAUAGAGUCU